UAUUGUGUGGGUGAGAUCCUGCAGUAGUUGAAGCAUGGGGUCUGAAGCAGUGGCCACUCCAAUAUUUUUAAAGCAUAGAAAGGACCCCAGUGUAACAUUCUCCCCAUGGCUUUCCCAUCCAGGUUCCCUGAUCAGCGCAUAUUGCUCGUCCCAAGAAGUCCUGUGCCAGAUCGUGGGUGACCUCAGCCCUGAGGUGCCCAGCAAUGUCACCUUUCACAGCUGGCAGGAGAGGGUCAGGCAGAACUAUGGUUUCUACAUCGGCCUGGGCCUGGCCUUCCUGUCCAGCUUCCUCAUUGGCAGUAGCGUCAUCUUGAAGAAGAAAGGCCUCCUGCGACUGGUGGCCACAGGGGCCACCCGGGCUGUGGAUGGAGGUUAUGGCUACCUGAAGGAUGGAAUGUGGUGGGCUGGAUUUCUUACCAUGGCUGCUGGAGAAGUUGCCAACUUCGGGGCCUAUGCGUUUGCCCCUGCAACAGUUGUCACACCUCUGGGAGCACUGAGCAUCCUUAUAAGUGCCAUUCUCUCCUCGUAUUUCCUGGGAGAGACUCUGAAUCUGCUGGGAAAGUUGGGCUGUGUGAUCUGUGUGGCUGGCAGCACCGUGAUGGUGAUACACGCCCCUGAGGAAGAGAAGGUCACCACAGUCAUUGAGAUGGCUUCCAAGAUGAAAGACACAGGGUUCAUCGUGUUUGCCGUGCUUAUGAUGGUGUUCUGCCUCAUCCUUAUCUUUGUCAUUGCCCCACGUUAUGGGCAGAGGAAUAUCCUGGUUUACAUCAUCAUCUGCUCUGUGAUCGGGGCCUUCUCUGUGUCUGCCGUCAAGGGACUGGGCAUCACCAUUAAGAACUUCUUCCAGGGGUUGCCGGUUGUGCGGCAUCCCCUCCCCUACAUCUUGUCCCUCAUCCUGGCGCUCUCGCUCAGCACUCAGGUCAACUUCCUCAACAGGGCGCUGGACAUUUUCAACACCUCCUUGGUGUUCCCCAUCUACUACGUGUUCUUCACCACAGUGGUGAUUACCACCUCCAUCAUCCUCUUCAAGGAGUGGCACAGCAUGUCUGCUGUGGACAUUGUGGGCACCCUCUCUGGCUUUGUCACCAUCAUCCUGGCUGUGUUCAUGCUUCAUGCUUUCAAGGAUCUGGAUGUCAGUUUGGCUAGCUUGCCCCACAUGCACAAAAACUCAACCCCAACCCCAACCCCAGCUCCCAGCCCAGAGCCCACUGUCAUUAGACUGGAAGAUAAGAACGUUCUUGUGAACAACAUGGAACUCUCCAGCACACCAUCUCCAGAAGAGAAGCCCAAAGUAUUUACAAUCCAUUCUUAAAACUCGGAAUACACGAGGGAGAGGUUGAGCCCUGUGGUACAGCCCAACCUCUCAAUUUCAGAACCACCUGGUUAUUUUCAGCACAACCGCAUUGCCUGUUUCCAAUGGGCUAUCUUCCUUUGAGAAUUUUAUUUAUACCUCAUCAUUGUGUCCAGGAGAAAAAUCCCUACCCGAUGAGCGGUGGCGGUAGAACUUUCUGGAAACACAGCCUCAGUGACCAAAUAUCCCUAGUUUACAUUGGUGCCAGCAGGUCCCCUGGACCUUCCUUCCCACUUGUCCCUGGUGCCAUCUCUGGCUGCAUAUGUUGUUGGGAAGAAGGCAUAAACUGACCCGUUGAAUGUAGCAGAGUCUGAGAACUUCCUUGAGAUAUUUAUUAAUUUAUUAGUUGUCGGAAAAUCCUUAGCACCAGUUCUCAUGCUGAAAUGGAAUCGUGUUCCUUAGGAUUCCAAGGAUGAGGUGCAGCUGGCUCCCAGAUGCUCAGAGAGGGAUCAGCUCGCCUCCCGAUCCAGAGGUGACAGAGAUGCAACUAAUGUAAAAUUUCUUCUUGCUUUUACCACAUCCUCUUCGGAGACACAAACAAGACCUCAGCUGACCCCCUUACAGUGAAAGCCACCUGAUGUCUCAGGGAAAAAUUUCGACCAGCCCAUUCCCCGAGAACUGUAGCCUGGAAGUCAGCAUCUUUGUUUCCAUCCACGCCAUCCCUAGCGCGCCCCUUCUCUCUCUCACUUGACACCCUAAGGAGUCAGUCAGACAAUGAUCUUGGAACCCAAAACAAAACAACAACAACAGAGGCUUCACAGCCAAGCUCUGCUCCCCAAACCGGUAUUUCAUGUUGUCUUACUCUGGAAAGAAACUGCAACUGCUCUGCUCUUAAAAAUGGCCUGGCUGUUGAGCUAGAAUUUGCCAGAAUACAUUUUCCUUUUCCUCAAGGAGUAAAAUCAAAGUAUGAUUUGGGGAGGUGGGAGGAAGUGUGAGGAGCAACGUCAGGAUUUGGCAGAAAGCAGACAUAGACCCUCUGGAAACCAAGAGCUAAGUUUUGUGUUUACUCUGGCGCCCAGCCAAGAACCCCGGGCAAAAGGGCUCUGGGAUAAUUUCUGGUCUGCAGCCUCAGAAGUUUGGCCGGUGGAAUCAGUUUUGAGCCUCAGUGACCAAGUAGGGGGCACAGGCUUGGCAUGAAAUGCAUUCUGGCUGCUGGCCAGAUUGCCACCAAGUCCCCAACUCCUCUGAUGAGCUGCCUACACUGGAGGCAGCAUGCCAUGACUGCUCCAACUCCACCUGCUGUGGGGACUGCCUUUGGUCCCCUCACAUUUGGCCAGAGGCAUCCAAAAAGUAAGCAGCUAGAGAUAAUAAUUGAUAUCCCUUCCCUUCCCAUCUUCUAACUGUGAGUGUGAGGGAUGGUACAAGAACCAUUGGAACAGGAAGUGAGGGAGCCGGGAUAGCUAUAAAGAGGGAAGACUCCAUCCUUAGCCCUCCAGUUGGUGCAGAGCCCUCCCUGUGCUACCCCUUACCUGCACCUUGUGUGUACCUCCGCUAUCCUAAGCACAGCCGGGCUCAGGCCCAACUCUCGUUGACCUUGGAGCUCUAAAGGCUCAGCUGGCCAACAGACAGCCUCCCUGUACCUCCAGCCUCAAGUCCCCAGUUUUUAAUCAAUGUGGAUUUCUAUCUGUAACUAAAAUCAGUGCAACAUGUUCGACCUUGCAAAUGGAAAUAAGCCAAAGGCCCUGAAUAUGGGCUGCAAGGUCAAGAAUAAAGACUUCAGAGUGUGUUUACUUGAUAUUUGCAUCUUGCCUUUCCUUGGACACAGAGUGAUUAAACUGGUUCCCCUAGUGCUGGAGGGCUGGUCCCUGAUCUCUGAAGGCGUGUACUAGUUAACCACCAGUUGCCACUGAGUUGACUCUGACUCAUGGUGAUCCCGUGUGUGUCAGAGUAGAUCUGUGCUCUGUAAGGGUUUCAGCAGCUGAUGUUUUGGAAAUAGAUUUCCAGGCCUUUCUUCUGAGGCACCUCUGAGUGGACUCCAACCUUUCUGUUAGCAGUCAAUCAUGUUAACCAUUUGCAUCACCCAGGGACUCUCUGAAGGGUUGAGGCUGUCAAGAAAGUCCCCACAGGGCCUUCCACAAGCCACUUCCUCCCUGGAGUGGGGAGAACUGUCUUUGGAAUGGAGUGAGUCAGUUGAAGACAUUAAUCUCUUGUUAACUGUGUCAGGCACAGUGCUAAGUGCUUCACAUGAAUUUUCUCUUUAAAUCCUCACAAAUCCCCCCAAAAGAUACAUUUUUGUCCCCAUUUUAUAUAUGAGGAAAGGGAAAGGUUAAGUAAUUUGCCAGGAGCCAUCAAUGUUCAUCUCUAGCUCCGAGCCCACUUUCUCAAUCACCAGGGCACACUAUGCCUCUCCAAAAGACUAGACUUGUCCCCAAUUGCAGAUCUGAUAUUUUCUUAGGAUCUAUCUGUGUUUCUCCCAUCUGGGAAUAAGCUCCAUUAGAGUUGGUUUUUUAUUCACAGUUUAUCUUCUGUGCAUAGGACAUAGUUGGCACUCAAAAGAUGUUUUUUGAAGGAAGGAACAAUACUGUUCCAAAUAGUCCUUCCAUGCCCAUACUGUCUUGGGGGCCAGCUCUCAACCCCAAUCAGAUCCUAAUGGGACCUUGGCAUAUCAACCAGACCCAAA